AUGUUAUCAUUCACCCAAUCCAUCUCCACGUGCCCACGGGCGGUAAAAACCACCGUCAAACGAACGUCCAAAGUUUCUCUCGCACCAAAAGCCGUGAUCCACGAGAACAUAACCUCUUUAAUCGGCGACACGCCGGUUGUUAAAAUUAACAAAUUAGCCCCCGACGGCGUCGAGUUGUACGUCAAGUGCGAAUACUUCAACCCGUUAUCGUCGGUGAAAGAUCGUUUGGCGUUAGCCGUGAUUGAAGACGCGGAAAAAAGCGGGAAGUUGAAACCCGGGAUGACCGUGGUCGAGGCGACGAGUGGGAAUACGGGUAUUGCGGUUGCGAUGGUGUGCGCGCAAAGAGGAUACCCGUGCGUCAUUUGUAUGGCGGAACCGUUCUCGAUCGAACGGCGUAAAAUUAUGCGCAUGUUAGGCGCGAAGGUUAUCGUCACGCCGAAAGGCGGGAAAGGCACCGGCAUGGUGAAGAAAGCGGAAGAGUUGGCGGAGAAGCACGGAUGGUUUUUGACGAGUCAGUUUGAAAACGAGGCGAACUGGAAGUUUCACGAGAAGACGACCGGGCAGGAGAUUUUGAGAGACUUCAGCGGGAAGAAUUUGACGCACUUUGUGACUGGGUACGGCACGGGCGGGACGUUUCACGGCGUCGCGAAGGCGUUGAAAGCAAAGAGACCGGACGUGAAGAUUUGUUUGUUGGAACCGUCGGCGGCGCCGUUGUUGGCGUCUGGGACGAAGACGGAGAGAAAGCCGUCCGGCGCGCCGGUCGGGUCGCACCCGGCGUUUACGCCGCACCCGGUUCAAGGUUGGACGCCAGAUUUCAUCCCGCUCGUUUUGGAAUCCGGGAUUGACUUGCACGACGAAUUGAUCCCGAUCGACGGACCGGAUGCCAUGCAGUGCGCGAAAGAUUUAGCGUCCAAGGAGGGCAUUUUUACCGGUAUCUCCGGCGGGGCAACCUUUAGCGGCGCUUUGAAAGUGGCCCGAUCCGCGCCAAAAGGCAGUUCGAUUUUGUGCAUGCUUCCGGACACCUCGGAGAGAUACAUGUCCACGCCUUUGUACGACCAAAUUCAAGCGGACAUGGACGAGUCCGAGUUGGAAAUCGCGAAAAGUACGCCGAGCUUCCAGUUAAUUCCAGGACAGGAGCCAAUCUUACAAGCGUAA